AUGAGUGGGAUUUUCGGUGGGGCCGAGGGAAAAAGGACAGAAGGAAACAAUACAACAACAAUCAGAAACAGACCUAGCUUUGCAAGCGAGUACGGUAAGUAGUUAUGAUAAACCUUACUCGUCAUUUAAAGCUGGUAAUGUUAAGCAAAAUUUGCAUAACUGGAAACAGCUUACAAAAGAUCAUAAUAUUAUUGACAUUGUGACAGGUGUUAAACUGGAAUUUAGUGAAAAACCAGUUUAUAAACACGCACCUUGCCAAACAUUUAAUGGCAAAGAAGCAGCUCCCGUACGAGACGAAGUAGAGAAACUGCUAGAUAAGGGUGUGAUUGUUGGUUCCUCACACGAGCCAGACAAAUUCAUAUCAAAUAUCUUCCUUCGAAAAAAGGAUGGCACUUAUAGAAUGAUUCUUAACUUAAAACAGUUAAAUGAAUUUAUUGUUUACCGCCAUUUUAAAAUGGAUAGUUUACAAGCUGCUACUGAACCAUGA